AUGACUGACAUUGAUCGAUGUUUAUUUAAUGAUAAUUCAAAAUUUUGUUCAAUAUUUAAAUUGUUUAUUAUUAAACAAAUGUUGUAUAUGUCAAAUACAACAUUGAAUGAAUUAGGAAUACAUUUUAAACAUCGCGAUGUUGAAUGGAUUAAAUCAAUAAUAGUGAAAGAAAAAGAAGAAGAAGAAUUGAAAAAUAUCAUAUUACCAUUAUCAAUAUCCGAUUAUAAAAAUGAAUUUAUUCAUGUCAAUCGACUAUUAACUAAACAACAUUCAAUGGAAGAAUUAAAAAAUCUUAUUAUUGACUGUUGUACAAAUAUUGGUUUAACAUAUUGUUUUUAUGUGUGGUUUCUUCAAUCAUAUGCAUGCUUUUAUACAAUUGAUAAAAAGAUAGACGAUGAAUUAAUAGAAUUAUUAACAACAAAUGAAUUAAAAACUGAAAUAGUUGAACAUUUUGGAUCAGUUGGAUAUAAAUUUAUUUUAGAUUUAUCAACAAAUUUUAAUCAUCAUCAAAUAUCAUAUUUUCGUUAA